UGGCGGCCGCCCGGGAAUGGCGGCGCCCGUGCUCUGAGGCGAUGUCGGGGCGCGGAGUGUGGCUGCGGGCGCGGGCUCGGCUGCGGCGCUUCCCGGCGGCGCUGGCGGCCUGCGGGGACGAGGCCGCGGCCUACGGGCGGUGCGUGGCGGCGGCGGCGGCGGGACCGGCGGAGCUGCGGCGGGACGCGUGCCUGGAGGAGUUCCAGGCGCUGCGGGAAUGCUUCGCCAGGGCGGCAAAAGCGACAACGAAGUGACCCCGGAGCAGCCCCCGCCUGGAGACGCUCGGGGGGAAUAAAACCCUCAAACGCACCGGUUUGUCCUCCAAUGACGGAACCCCCCUCCGGUUCCGGAGCUGCCCACCCGCUCGCCGGCCCGGAGAAGGUGCAGCUCCGGGCUGGGUGAGAGUCACAGAACUACUUUUAUUUAUUAAAAAAAAUAAUUUGGA